AACAUGGCGGCUGUGGGCGUAAGUAGGGUGUGACAUGAAAGAGACAAUGAAUCCAAACACUCGCUGCGUAUCGUUCGUCGAAAACCUUCAGUUAGAAAUUUCCGAUAGCUUGUUCAAUGAAUCCAUUUUGCUUGCUGAUGUCGAUAACGACGACGAUUACGAGUUGGUGGUUGGUCAAAUAAAUGGAGACUUGUUGAUCUUCAAAGGCAGUAGCCAAAAACCAUGGCGAACUUGUCGAAAAUUGGGAAUGAUAACGUGCGUUGGAGUGGGGGACUUAUGGAAUCAGGGUGAAAAUUUACUUUUUUGUAUCACUGCAGAGGGAUGGUGUCAUAUGUUUUACGUAAGUUACAAUGUUCAGCACGUAAAACCCUAUUGGUGUGGUUAAAGUUAAUUUGCCUUCUAGACCGACAUAUCUCGGUCGAUAUAUCGGUCGAGUGUCGGUCGAUAUGUCGACGGAUGUAUCGGUCGAGGGGUGCACAAAUUACACACGAUCCGUUAACUUGAGAACUUAAUAAUGAUUAUUUUAUUUUACCCACCAGUUGUGUAUAAAACUCGAUCCCUUAUGAUUGCAGGAAGUGAGGAAAACCCUUUACAAAUGAUAUUUGUGUCUUCCAUGAUACAUUUUUCUUAUCAGCAUACGACUUAACUCAUAGAAGCGUAUAUAUAAACUAAAUGCAAAAAGUUGAAAGAGCUGAUUAAUCUGAGCAAUUCGUGCAAUUUUCAGCUUUUUACAAGCAAUAUUGAAGGGAAUAUCAGCCAUCAAAAACUGCAAAAUUGCUGGGUGGCAAAAAAGUUAAUGAGCCAUACAUUCUGUAUUGUAUUGGGUGCAAAUUUUCAGAGAUCACUGAAACUGUUAUGCCCUUUCAGUAUUCUGAGUUUUUAUUUUAUUAGCAUAAUCAGAUACAUGUAGUGAAAAGUAUAUGUUAAUGAGGCACAAAGUGUAAAUUUGCCUAUAAUUUGCUUUGUGGGCCUCUAGUACUGGGUGUCUUGUGGUUUCAUUUGGAAUCUUUUUUGCAUCUUUUGUCCUGGUUUUCAGUUGCUGGGAUAAUCUUGGAUGAUCGGGGAUUUGUCUGUUUCCCGACCGUCCCAGACUUUGCUGACUAAUACAAAACUGGAAAUCAUCAAUAGCGUUUGAGAUGGGCGGAGAGACAAAUAGGGAGAAUUGGGAGCAUUGCUAUUUCUCCAAUGCAUCCCAGGCCCCAGUUGUUCAAAAGUUGAAUAGCAUCUUUCAUCAAAUUGCAUGCAGUGGAUAUUGGGAAAACCGAUAUUAUUGCACUAUCCAGUGGAUAGAGGUUUAUCGCGUGGAUAGCGCUAUCCACCUUUUUAACAACUGGGGCCAGAUCUCUGAGAUGUAGUCAUUCCUGACAUGUGAAAACUCAAAUUUGUACUAUUGAGGAUGCCGGGGAUGGGUGCAACAUUUUUGCUUGGGCCCAGUUCUCUAACUGCUUAUCAGGACAGCUUCCUAUCCUCUCAAACUUGUAAAGGCUGCACUAGUGAAAUAGUCACAGUCUGUUGGGUAUUUUUCCAAAGUGACAGAGUGAUGUAAAUGUGGAAAGGCUUGACUGCAGGCUCAAUAAAAAUCCUGAAAAAAAAAAUGACUUAAGAAGGGGGAGCUUCCUGGUUUAUACAACAAAAUAGGCAGUGAGGUUUCAUUUGAAUAGUAACACCAUAAGAUUUUUGCAGACUCAAAAAGUUAGGAUGAGUGUAUUAGAACCUCACUUUACAUAUUUUAAGACUUUAUCAUUCACUCUGGGAGUUAAUUAAAGGGCCAAAUUGCAAAAAAUGAUUUAUUCAACAAGAAAAAUUAAUAUGAAAUUUCAUUAAUUAACUGCCCAAAGACUUGUGUGUACUAAAUACUGCACAUAGCUGCCAAACAUUAUGCAGUGUUUUCAAGUGAGUAUUUCUGACUUGUUUCAGCCUUCUCAAUCAUUUUCAUCUUGGGCAAUAAAUAUCCACAAGGUGCUGCUACACAUAUUUAAUCUACUAUGAUUUGAGCUGCACUCUUAAAUGUAGCCUUUAAACAGCUUCGGGUAGGCUCCCAACUGGAGCAGAGCAGAAAAGAAAAGCAGCGAGCGAAGCAUGCCGAGUGUGGACUGGGGGAGAUGAGAAGGCGGGGGAGCCUUUAGACUUUGCUUUGAUGCUGCCUAAUCCACCAACUUGCAAUUAUCCAGUAACACAUAUAUGUCUAUAACAUGUCAAAAAGGUUUAAAUAUUACACCUGCCAAGUAUGGUGUUUUUUACACUUGAAUGCAUUGGUUUCAAUAUCAUUUGCAUGCAUGUGGGUAUAUUUCGUGGAAAAAUUAUGUGGAAUAUACAGGGGCACCCAACAACAAUUUUCGGAAAGUUAUCUGUUCGGAAGACGAUUUGAGAUCUAGAAUUUUGAGAUCAUUUCCUGCAAAAUUUCUUGCUUGCCUGCCUCUCCUAGGAUUUUCAAACAUCAAAAAAGUGGUAUAAUUGCCCAUUUUUAACGGAUUUUUACCCUAAAAAGGUCACCUAGAAUUUUCAGAAGCCUUUUUUCUGGCUGAAAUUUUCGAAAAGAUAAAUUUUGAUCCCUAUAAUUUUCGGAUCACUAUACUUUCAGCUAGGAAAUCCGAACAGAUGAAAAAUUUUUAGGGGAUAAAAAUUAAUAAGCCUUUAUCUACCGUUUAAAUACUAAAGUACGUUCAACAAUGCUAUGUUUAUGUGGUUUUGAAAUAUAUUCUCGUUGGGUGCCCCUGAAUAUAGCAUUCAAUAUUCAUGGUUCAUUUGUGAGCAGUCAGUGAUCUGACCAAUCCGACCAUAAGACCUGUUCGCAGGUGACACUAAUUAUGUUUUGUUACUUGCAGAUUAGGACAUGUUCAUCAGAGGACAGUCUAGAACCAGUCUCCUCUCAACUCCUUCCAUCCAAUUGUAAAGUAGUCCUACUAGCAGAUGUUGAUGGAGAUGGCUCAUUGAAGCUGAUUACAGGACAUGCUGAUAGAGUUGUCCAUGUUCACAAGCUUCAGGCUGAUCAAAACACUGAAGCUGGUGUCCAAGAAAAGCUAUUGACAGGUACUUUUGGCAUGGGCAUUUAGUACUGUCUAUACAACUGCAAAUAAGUCGCAACUUAAAACCUAUCUUUUCGAUCUGUGAUUUCCCUUUCAUAUAAUCAGGGCGUCUGAUAUUUCGCGCGGUCGCGGACCCGCGAAAUUCAGGUAUUUCCGCGAAAUCCGCGAAAUUCCCCAAAAAACGCGAAAUACCACGAAAUCCGCAAGAAAUAUUUCCAAAUACAUGUCGGCAAAACAUAUCUAAUACUUAUCUUGGCUAUUAGACCUGUUUUAUUCACCCCAAACGUCCACAUUUAUCUUGAAACUUCGUCACUGCAACGAGUAAACAACGUCCCAAAACUACCAGGCGUCUUAGAUGAACGUUGCGAAAAACUGGGCACUAACUAUAAUGUUAAUAGCUUUAGCAUUUGCUCAUUUCUCGAGCGAACUGUUGUUGAAAGAGCACAUGAUUAUCCCUGUUAAAAAACGUUAAACAACGCUGGUCAUAUCGACGCAAAAUUGAUCGAUUUUAGCGAAAUUUGCCAAAAAAAAUCCAACGAAAUCGACUGUUUUUUACCGAUUGUUUCUUGGCGAAGUUUCCCCCGAAAUUUCCCGUGAGAUCGGCCGAUUUUUCUAACAAUUUGCCCCUGAAAAUUCCUCGAAAUUUGACUUUGUUCCGCUAAAAUUCCGCGAAAUCGGCCGAUUUUUCUGCGAAUUUUGACUUUUGUCCCGCGAAAAUCCCGCGAAAUUGGCCGAUUUUUCCGCGAAUUUGCCCCUGAAAAUCCCGCGAAAUUUUGCUAUUUUUUCCGCGAAAUAUCAGAAGCCCUGUAUAAUGUUCUAUUUCUGUAAUUGCAUGAGAUUACUAGUAUGAUAGUUUCAUACUUUGACCAUAGUUAGUAUUUAAUAGUUGAAUUUUAGCAGUGUUACAUUUUAUGUCUUAAAAUUUUCAUUUUUUUUCUUUCGAUUUAUAUUUUCAUGUUAAUGUAUUUUAGAAUUUUCCUUGAAGAGUCACUCUGUAAGAGCAUUGAGACUUUAUAUAUGCGCUAAAUAUAUUACUAUUAUUAUUAUUGUUUACCGCUUGCACCCUGGGUUACCUUUUUCUUUAUGCAUGAAGUGCUUAAAUAAUAUUGUUAUAUAUUUCAGUCCAACAGGUGGAUGCCUUUCGAAGUUAAUUGGGACAUUUCUGUUAUUCCAUUUCAACUUUUUUUUUUCUACUAUCAACAGAGAUUCCAAAAGUUAAGCCACUUUCCAAAUUGCAAGGUGGGUGUGGCUCAGGACAUGAUACAUAGCCUUACAUGAAGGGAACUUGGGCUAAACUUCAAACUGAAGCAAAGAUUAGCUCAUCAAAAGUUGGGAUUGUCCUUCAUAUAUGGGGAUCUGAAAUAUUUAAUACUAUAAGGAAAUGAAAGGCAGUCAUUUCAUUGAUAGUAUAAAAAUUCCUUAUUCCAUGAGUGUUUUACCAUGAAUGGGGUGGGUCUAAAAGAAAUGAGAGAGGCUAAAUUCAUGAUUGUUGCAAUUGAGUAACUAUAUUCGCAAUCUUCGUGUUGCAGAAACAGAAGAAGACAAAAAGAACGUAAACAGUGCAACUCUAGCAUCUUCUUCCUCUCAGUCAAGCAGGCAGGAUUCAUCAAAGGACAACACAAAAGAGAAAAUGGAGAGGAAAAAUUCCAAACAGGAAGAAAAAGUCAGUUUAGUAGAUAAUAAGAAUGGAAAGGAACAAAUCAGUGUAAAAGGAGGGUCAGAAAAACCUUGUGCGUUUGGAUGGCAUUUUGUCAGCCUAAAGUCCUGGACGGUUUCCUACCAGAUAAAUUCUCUAGUAGUGUUUGAUGUUAUGAAAACUAGAUAUUUACUUGCGUCACAGCCGGGAGGUACUUAUGUCAUUCUCAUGUCGUCGGCCUUGAACCAACAAGAAGCGCCGGAAGAAAAGGUAAUGGAAAACUGCUUCUUUUUUUUUUACUAUGAUAGUACUGAGCUGCCUCGACGCAUCUCAGUAGAAAUCUCGUCGAAGCCUUUGCCAUUUACAAAUUUUUCAAAUAUUUACUGAUAUACUGAUUGUAUACUGAUAAAGGAAUUUCUGCUCGAAUUUUCCUGCACUGAAAAAUGAAAAAAGUGCGCAGUAAUUACCCAGAGGGUGUGGCAUGGUUUCCAGUACCGCCGUUAUUUACAGCUUAUCUAGCGCAGGAAACCCAGGUGCUAGCCUGCACAGGUCAUCUGGCUGUUUCGUUAGGAAGGGAGGCACGAAAGAGCGGCGAGGUUUUUCAUUGUUUCCACUCCAUUGUUCUCUCGGCUUUGCCUCUCGCUUUCCGCUCCCCUCAGGGGCUACACGAAAACGGGCAAGGUGGGGUAGAGUGUGGUGCCGGACCCUAGCAUUAGCCAUUUUGUGGUUGCGUCAGGAGCCCAUAACCCGGAGAAAGCAACUUCCAUGUACUCGUGUCAAGGCGUUUUCACCAACCAGGUUAUUUUUAAGAGCGAUUUUGGCGCGAAUUUGGAAGAUCUUGUUAGUCCCACAAACCAGUCAGCAAAUCCCUCUGACUUGAAAAUAAUAAUAAUAACUUUAUUUAACGAGGGUAAAGACAUUGAUUACUGGUCACCCAGUAGUUUUCAUAAUGGCCCUCCUACAAUUAAAGUAAUAAAAAAUAUCGAUUAUUUAAUUAACUACCAAUAUAAUCUACCAACUAAACUUACAUAAUAAACUACUAUUAAUACAAUAUUGAUUAAUUGACUACUAAUGAAACUAAAAGGUUUUACAAAUCUUAAAAUGAUCAAGAGAAGAAAUCAAGAGAAGAAAUCAAACUACAAAUGGUAUCCUUCAGCAUAUCUUAUACUUUGAAUGAGCUCGAUUUCGCGGGAAAAACUGCUCACCGUCUCAUGCGUAAAGUUAACCUCAGAAUUAAGACAUACAGUGUGUAUCAGCUACCUUUUCUGGUAAACACAAAAAGAAUCAGUAUAUUUAUAUAACUGUUGUGAAGUCUAACACAGCUCUGUAGUGAAAAAAAGGUAUCUAAAAUAAACCGGUCCGUGUAAACGCCGGGACAUAGUCUUAAUAUGGCAAUUGCUCGCUCUGGGUUAUGGGCUACUGGUUGUGUUUUAGACUGAGCCGGUGUUCAGGGCUGUUGAGUCGAAUUGCAAAAUGGCUCAAACGUCCCCAGCAGCGAAGAGCGAGGAGCAACGGAUGCUUUCGCAGGCUACUCUGUUUUGGGUUACGCAGUUUGACCCAGAUUCUUGUGCAACCCCGUAAGAGCAAAGAAAAAAGAACCAGAAAAGAAGCGAUAGCGUUCUCAAAACUGUUCCAAAGUGCACUGAUUCUGACACAACAACGAGCUGAGAUCACUCGAAAUCUAGAAAGUAUCGGCUGAAACUGAGAAAUCUAUUUAUUCAUUCAGUGACGCAGGCUUCUCGGAAAAACAAAACCGAGUAUUCUCAACAGGAGUGGGUCUACCCUACGACCUUCUCUGGUGGUUACUAAAAAAACGUUUGCAAACUGACCUAAAACAGGACGAGCAGGACGUUAGCGAAACGACUCGUCGACGAAAAGACCGUUAAACCCUCUAGUAUUACUUACUAUACAGUACCUCUGUACCCCUCUCACAUUCACAUUGCAUUUUAACCUUCGUAACAGGCGUUUCCAAUAAGUUUCUCGACGAACUCGCGCGAAAACUCGCGUCAUGGAAGGUAAUUUAAGACAGACUUAGAUUCUGGAUCUCAGGCUGUGGAUUCCGGAUUACAGGUACUGGUUUCCAGUCUUUGUCAGCGGAACUAGGAUUCUGAAUUCCAAACGUUAGUAGGAUUUCAAGUAGUCUGCUACACAGCCGAUUUUAGUGUCGUCACGCAACGCUCCUCCCCAGGAGAGGAGCGUUGCGUGACGACACUAAAAACGGCUGUGUAGCAGACUAGAUUUCAAGCUGUAUUCCGGACUCCAUAAGCAAAAUUUUCCUGCAUUCCGGAUUCCACAAACAAAAAUUUCCUGGAUUCCGGAUUUUGGAUUCCAAUUCAGAUUUCCUACAUUGGACGACGGAAACGCUUGCUACGCAGGCUAACCGCAUUUAUUUUUGUAUGAAUUAUGCUCUAGCUCGGCACUGACUUGCUUUGCUUGAUUUUUGCGAUUAGAUUUCUUGUUCUCCCUCAUCAUCCAUCUUGAACCAGUUACCUGUUGUUUGGGGACGAAACAAAGGUAUCCCGACAAAUCUAAUCACUUUGAAAUGCCACGACAGCGCAGCCACGGAAUUGGCAAAUUCAACUCUUACUGAUCAAGCUCCGAGUUACCUAGUUUUGUGUAACCAAGACGGUCAAUUGGUGUUCAUGAGCGCAAACAAGAAUCAUAGCUGGUCCAUGCGUGUCGACCAAGGUAACUACAAACUAUUCGCGUUGUCGAAGCUUGACAUUACCAAAGAUGGCAACGAGGAAGUGGCUAUUUGCUCCUGGGAUGGUGUCACCUACUUUGUCGAUUAUCUCAGGAAUGUCGUACAGUUUAAGUUUGGUGAAAAUGUCUUGGCUUUCUGCGCGGGAUAUUAUGCUUAUAACGCUGGAAAGAAUCUCUCUGCGCUGGUGUAUGUGACGUCGUUCAAUCGUAUCGUUGUUUAUUGGAACGCACGCCUGUCCGCAAUGGUUCCCACUAACAGUGGCAUUAAAAUGAAACGCAAAUUCAAAGAACAGAGAAUCGAGAACUGCUGUUAG